AUAGGUGGGAACUUUAGACUAGUGCUGUGUUCAAGGUUAGGACGUUGUUCAACUUAGGAUGUCGUCGUUUAAUGCUGGACCAGCUGGCACUGGAGUUGCACCGGUGGAGCUGACAGCAGGCAAGAUUCGUGAAAUGAUGGCGAAUGCACAAAGAGCAAUAGCUCAGCGAAAGGUUGAGCUGGGCUUGACUGAGAACGGCUCAGCAAACGGGCUUAAUUUCCCUGCGGGUGUUAUUCCUGAUACAGAAACCGUAGACAAAAUGAGACGGGCUGCUCAACUUCAAGCUCAAAUAACUGCCCGUUUGAACACCGGAAUUCUCAGUAGUCAUACUGUUAACAGUGACUCCAGGAAGCCUAAGGAUACUCCUAAUGUGAUCUUCGACGAGGAAGGUAAAACGAUUGAUGCAGCCACGGGAGAGGAAAUACAACUUACUCAUUAUACACCAACGUUAAAGGCUAACCUUAGGGCCCAGCGAGCCCAACAGUUCAAGGAAGUUUUUCAAACUACAACCCAAAAGAAACCACAGAAGUCAUCUGUUUCGACAGUAUUCUUCGAUCCUCGACUCAGAGUUAAAGCCGCUGUGCGUCCGAAGCGACAACUAAUUUUCCAUGAACCCGGGAAGUUCGUCAAACUUGCUCAGCGCAUGCGGACGAAGUACCAACUGCAGGUCCUACAAGAAUCCGUUGCUCACGCCGUCAGAAAGACGGGUAUAGCCAGUGCAGCUAAACUGUCGACUAUCCAACCGAAACGUGCAGUUGAUGAAACGGAUAUACCGGCAUUAGAGUGGUGGGAUGCUUAUAUUCUUAAGGAAGGUGUAACCAGUUAUUCGACUUUAGAUGAACUUGCCGUACAUGGACUCCCAGUUUCAGCUGCUAUAAAUAAAGCGUGGAUUACUAGCUUAGUUGAGCAUCCGGUUAAGUUGAAGCCUCCAACUGAUCUUUCUAAACCACCAGAAAUACCUUUACUUCUAACAAAAAAGGAGCGUAAAAAGCUAAGACGCCAGAACCGUCAGGAAGCUCAAAGAGAGAAGCAAGAAAAGGUUAGACUUGGACUAAUGCCACCUCCUGAACCUAAGGUUCGGCUAGCAAACUUGAUGAGGGUUUUGGGUUCAGAUGCUGUGCAAGACCCAAGUAAGGUGGAGGCAUAUGUACGAGCACAAAUGGAAUCUCGUAAGCGAGCACAUGAAGCUGCGAAUGCUGCUCGGAAACUAACGAAAGAGCAAGCUCGUUACAAACGUAUUAAGAAAAUACGAGAAGAUACAAGCCAUGCAGUUCACGUAGCCGUUUAUAGAGUAAAGGACUUUUCUAAUCCAUCUCAUCGGUUCAAAGUGGAAACAAAUGCCAACCAGCUGCUCAUGUCAGGAAUGGUUGCGUUGAAUAACGAUUGCAACGUAGUGGUUGUGGAAGGUGGACCUAAACAACAACGCAAAUUUCAACGUCUUAUGCUUCAUCGAAUCAAAUGGCGUGAAGGCAAACGGGGAACAGCCAGUAGUGUGCCAAGUUCUUUCGGUCGUGAAGAUCAUGCUACUACCUCUGAGCUGGAUAGUGACCCGGGUUGUCGUUUAAUUUGGAAGGGUACAGUCAAGCAACGUGCAUUCGACAAAAUACAGUUCAAAGCAUGUCCUACAGAACUAUACGCACGUGAACAGUUUCGUGCUGAGAUGCUCUUGAAACGAAAGACCCAAAACACACCAAAGAAUGAUUCGGAAACUUCUGAGUCAAAUGAACUUGAGAAGUCAAAUACACUAAAUGAAGUGCAUUCGAAUGAAACUGAAAUGGCUUCGUCGAAAAAUACCGCCGGCGAAAAUUCUGUAGCUGCCAAUCAGCAUAACGACACUUUCAGUACUUUGCCGGUUAAACGUGCUGUAAUCCCUGCCUUCAAGAAGGUUAGACAGACAGUCACAGUAGCGAAAUUGAAAAGCUGCUGGAAUUCAUCAUCCAUUUCUCCGUCGUCGUGUGAUAAAUCCAAUUUAUCUACUGCGAAGAGUGAUCAGCCAUCGAAAAUCAAGUUGGAGUCAUUGAAUAUUCCAAAGGAAAAAUCGAUGAACCUGGAUGAUUUCAUAACCACCAUAAUGCAUGAAAUGGAAAGUGUGAAAGUCGAGGAGUUAUACGAUAAAUAUUUAUCAGCUCCACUCAAUGAAAGAAUAAGUUGUGAUGCACAUAUACCUCAAAAUCGGGUCGAUUCGCAAAUAUUCAGGAUGACAUCUUCAACUUCAAUAAAGUCUAUUCAAAAGAAAGUAUCACCUAGUAAUAAAGAAUCAUGUGUAAACUUAGACAAAUUAAUUGAUGAUGUUAUCAAUAAGUCUAUCUCUCUACCAACUGGCCAGCUUUACAGUGAAUACCUUGAGGCUCCGACAAAAGAUGAAAUUUACAAUGAGAUCGUUCAUCUAACAGAUGACCUUGUAAACUUGGAUCAGUUAGAAGAAGUAAAUAACAACAAUGGAGUUUUGUCACAAAACGAACAAACAAGAGUGCAAGGAGUAUUGAGUGACUUUAACAAUAAUGUCGAUGACUGCAGUGAAAAAAAACAAGAGACAGGUGUCAUGGAUAGUGAAAAAGGAUUAGCUCUUCAUGGUACAUGGGUUGAAUGUGUACUAUGUCUAAAAUGGAGGCUUUUACAAGAAAUUCUAGAUCCUAGUCUUGUUAUUGAAUCUUGGCACUGUGGACUUCAAGAUAAAUAUAAAAUUACGAGUGGACCACAAGCUGAAGUUAUUCCAUAUGCACUACAUCCUUGUGAUGAACCUCAGCAAGAACUGGAAAGUGGAGAAAAUCCUAAUUCAUAUGUUUACACUAAGUUUACAGCUGGUUCACUAGUAUGGGCCAAACUGGAUGGUUAUCCUGAUUGGCCAGCUAUGAUAGACUGUGAUGCAACAGGUCGAUUUGCUGAAUUUGAUCAAGUAACUGGUGAAGUAACUCGUUACUUUGUGGUUUUCUUGGAUCCAAACUUAAUUACUCGGCAAUCUAUAAGAGUUAAUCGGAUUAGAAAAUAUUCAUAUGAUGAAAAACAAAAGAUUUCGAAGAAAUCUCGAUUUCAUGCGGCAUUGAAUAGAUCUAUUGAAGAGAUUGAAAAAGCUUCACUUAUGUCUUUGGAGGAACGUAUUUACACUUAUGGAUAUCCAUAUACAGAAAAAAGAAAUAGAAGAGUCAUCAAGGAGAAAUGUCAGAGAAAGGUAAAUGGACGAAAAGUUUCUAGCAAAAAUCUCGUGAACACAGCAGAAUGUAAUACGGAUCGCAUAAAGAGUGACAUAGACUCAAAACAGAUGGAUGAUAUUGUAAGAUCCAGUCUAACUCCUAUGAAUGAUAAUAGAGGAAUAUCAUUGAGAAAUGAUUUUAUCGCUGAUGAAAGUAAACAAACAUUGAAUAAUAGUCUAGACAAAGGGAUUUGCGAAAGUCAUCCACUCUCAUUAACACUAGAAAAUGGUAUUGACAAAUGUGAGUUGUUUAACAGCAAAUUACUAAGAGAUACUGAAAAAAGUGAUUUUAAAAUGAAUUCAACCAUAGAAGAUAAUCAUUUGGAAGAGCAAAUAACAAUUAUACCCGAACAGUGAACUAUAAUCUUUUACAACAAGUUACCGACUAAAAUUUAUACAUCAAAUUUCAUAGUUGAAUUUUUACAUAAUAAAAAAAUUAAUGUUGUCCUAAUGCUUUCACUUCUGUUGUUAC